AUGGGAACUACUGACGACGUGCAACAUAUAGAACUAGCGAACGCGCGGAACAUGAUAGAUAUCGAGAAACCCAAUGACGAAUUGGCAGAGGAGAUCCCAAAGGAGAUCCAGAAUCCGUAUGAUCCGGAAUGGAUCAAAGCCCAAAAACGGUAUCUCUGGAAGCUGGACUGCAUCAUUUUGCCCGUUGUCUCCCUUCUGUAUUUCUUCGAAUACCUGGAUCGAGGAAAUGUUGCCAAUGCAAAACUAUACGGCCUCGAUGAUGGACACAAUACUCCCUCGCAGGGGGUUAGUGCAGGGAUCACCCCUCUUUCCUCGUCUCAAUGGCAGCUCGUUGUGAUGAUCUUCUAUGUUGGACUGGUACUAUUCCAAGUUCCUGGGUGCCUUGGCUACCGUGUUUUCUCGCCGUCGAAGUGGAUUGCUUUUGGUGUUUGUGGAUGGGCCAUUGCAAGUCUCCUUCAAGAUGUCGCUUUCAACCUUGCAGGUGAACUCGUCUGCAGAGUCUUUCUAGGCACUUUCGAAGGCCUUUUCGGCACCGGAAUUGUCUACUACCUUUCUCUGUGGUACCAUCGGACUGAAAUGGGCGUCCGUGUCUUCUGGUUCUUGGGGCCCACUGCCAUUGCCGGAGCAUUCGGAGGCCUGAUUGCUUUCGGCAUCGGCCACAUUGAUAGUGGCACACCUGUGUGGAAAUGGCUUUUCCUCAUUGAGGGAUUGCCCUGCUUCUGUCUCGGGCUGUUCUGCAUGUACUGGUUGCCCGAUCGACCACUCAAGAACUCCCGGUUCUCCGGCAUUAACCAGGAAAUUGCGGAAGCGCGUUACCAUAACGAAUCUUUCGACAAGGCUGGCCCCAUUCAAAAGAAACAUGUUAUUUGGACGCUUACCGACUGGCGGCUGUACGUGCAAGCGGCGAUCUAUCUCCCCACUGCAGCACUUCUGGCCUCGAUAUCCGGCUUUCUGCCUACUAUUGUCGCGAACCUGGGGUACAAAGAAGCCACGACGGCAAAUCUGAUGACCGUCCCGCCGUACGCCUGCGCCUUUGGUCUCAUGUUCGUCGCGUCCUGGUCAUCCGACCGUUUCCGCGAUCGAGGCAUACAUAUCGCCGUUCUAAUGUGCGUUGCAACAAUUGCAUACGCUCUUCUAGCCACGUUGCCUGAGUCCAAGCUGGGCGGCAAGUACGCAUGUGUCUGCAUUGCCGUUGCUUGCGUCUACGCCACGUACCCGCCCACACACGCCUGGGCUGCAAACAACUUCGGCAAUGAGACGAAACGAUCCAUUGGUAUGGGCCUGUAUACAGCAAUUGGCAAUCUAGGCUCCAUUGCAGGGACUUGGUUCUACCCCAGCACGGACGGGCCGCAGUUCAGGAGGGGACAUUUUGCGUGUAUGGGAUUGGCGAUAGCCACGGCGGCGUUUGCGCUGGCGAAUCACUUUGCUUUGAAGGCUAUCAAUAAACGGCGGGACAAGAUGUACGGCAAACCUGUGCCUGGGUUGCCGGUGGAUGUUACGGAGUUGGCGGACAAUGCUCCGAUGUUCCGCUUCAUCACUUAA